UAAUGUAGCGGAUCACUGAUCUUACUGUGCUAUUAUGAACAUUUUUUUUGGGGGGAGGGGAGGGGGGUGAGGAUAAUAUGUGCUCCAUAGUCUUAUUAGGGGAUUUGGGAUAGAGAUAUAAUAGUUAAAUGAUAGUUUUUUUUUUCAUUAAUUGAUAUAAGAUUUUAAUCAGAUAAUUAUUUUGUUUUAAUUAGUAUUGAUGAGUUUUGAAGUUGCAAAUAUUCUAUCUCAGUGCUUACAUAAUUUGGAUAAGUUUAUGAAUUUUUGAUACACCCAACAUAUGGUAUUAGCGGGUAUCUCCCCUUUCCCGCCAACGACUGAGCCUAGAGAAUUCUUCUCCUUUUCAUCUGGGACGAAAUUACCCCUGCAAUAUCCCCAAAACUCAGCCAAUAACUGUAAGGUAGAGCCGUAAAUAUUCCCAAACAGAGAGUAACGGGGAGGGGCAGUAUUGAGUUGUUCAUUCUUCAUCAUCAAAUUUCCGAUUCCGUUUUCCCUCUGAAGCAAAAAACAUGAAAUUCUCAGAUAUGAAACUUGUAGCCAAAAAUGCUGUGAGAGCUUAUUUUGCAAGGAGUUGGACAAGAGAAGACCUGAUGAAUGAUGGAGAAAUUCCCCAGCAUGCAUACACAAGCUUGAGAAGGGCCAUGAAUGCCGUGAGAGCUUACUUCGUAAGGAGUUGGACAGUAGAAGACCUGAUGAAUAAUGGAGAAAUGACCCAGCACGCUUACGCAAGCUUGAAGACGGUAUAUCUUACUCUCUCCUUUGCCAUGUGGAGCUUUACUUCUGGAUCCUUCUCUCACUGGAUAUGGGAAGCGGGAGGGCGGUUCACAGUCCUUUGUUCUGUAGCAAGUUUACUCUGUCUUUACUUGAUAUCACCAUUGAGAGUGAGGACGAGGGUCUUACUCUUGAUGAUUGCUGCCUUUUCCAUUGGUGCUUCUAUUGGCAUUUUUACCAAAUAUUUCUUUGAAAUAGAUCAAGUCCUUGUUGUCUGCCUUUUGGCACCUCCAAUACUUGGCAUUGGAUUUAUCUGGUCUGAAUCCUUGUUAGCGAGGGAUAGGAGUGAAAUCUACCUGGCCUGCAUGUUCUAUUCUUGGGCUGUAAUGUUCUCCACCUUUGUUGCUACUAAAUCAGAAUAUAUUGACAGCCAGACAGCUCAUUGGAUGUUAAAGGCAAGCAGUUGUAUGCGUACAAUGUAUGCAUUGUGUUUGCAUUGUUCAUGGGAUACGUUGUGGUAUAUAGCCAAGAGAUAUUGUAUGAUGCUCGCUUUGGAGAAAUUAACUUUGUCAAUCGCACACUCACCGUCUUCUUCCGUUUACCGGGUAUAGUGGUCUAUGCUGCAAGACUAUGCCUGACUGCAUAAAUUGAGCAACAGAGACAGAAUCAUGGAAUUAAUGCUGAUACACUUUGAACUGUAGAAUAAAUAGAGAGUAGAAUGCAGAUGGAGAGAACUAUAAAUGAUGAAUUCCUUUGUGGCGAAUUUGGAAUUAGUUAGUCUGAAGCCAAGUGCUUUGAAUAUAUUCCUUGGCCAAAUAGUAAUUGUGUAUUCUAGCGUUCCCUAUUUUUUCACAAAAUUUUAGCUAUACACGAAAGAUUUAUUAUUUAUUUCAUUUUCUUGGAAAAUAUUUUCUCCAUUGUCAAACACAACAAAAAUACAUGUCGGCUUUCUUUACUAUGAACUGGAGUUCAUUAUGGGAAUAUUCAUCAUAUAUUAC